AGCAUGGCAAAAAUGGUAGCAAACCACGCAGGCUCUUAGGCCUAGCCCAUUACACACAGUCGCUCAGUCUGUCGCUGUGCACGCAGCGCGAGUAACAGGCACGAAGAAAAGCGCAUCCGGCCAAAGCCAGGUCUCUGCCGUGAUCCGCCGCGAAGACGAGCGCAGGAAAGUCUUGGAGGAUUCAACAAUCGCGCCGGCUCUGUAUGUGCUUCGCCCCCACCGUAAUCCAUGCCCGGAUUAAUUAACUAAUAAUAAUCGGCCUGUCAAAAGCGAGCGCCACUCAGUGAUGGAGCGCAGCAGCCAGUUUUUUAGGGCGAGGCGGGCGGUUGGCUGCUCGGCCCAGCUAGCCCGUGGACUUUUCCUUUCCCGUCGUCAACAGCACACACCUCCGGACUUGCUCCUCCCUCUCCUCUUCCUCUCUUCCUCCCCGCGUUGAACCGUUCCACCCGCCGCCUCCCCUCCUCCGCCGCCGCGGCUACAAAGCCCCGUACGGCCCGCUCCGGCUCGUCGUCUUCCCCGCCGGUCUCCGCACACAUGGACGCGUCGUCGGGCGACCGCUCGUCGCCGCGCAGCCGGCAGCUGCAGGGCCCGCGCCCGCCGCGGCUCGCCGUCAGCAAGGACUCGCACAAGGUCAGGAAGCCGCCCGUCGCGCCGCAGCGGCACCACCACCUGCAGCAGCAGCAGGUCGUCCAGCAGCAGCAGCACCAGCACCAGCACCAGCACCAGUACCAGCAGCAGGCGCGGCAGCCGGUCAUCAUCUACGACGCCUCGCCCAAGGUCAUCCACACCAAGCCGGGGGACUUCAUGGCGCUCGUCCAGCGCCUCACCGGCCCGGGCUCCACCUCCCAGGCCCAAUUCGACGCCGCCGCCGCGGGCGCGGGCCCGUCCUCCGACGCGCCGCCGCAGCCGGCGUCCGCGAUGGAGUACGAGCCGCGGGAGUUCCUGCUCUCGCCCACAGCCGCGCUCUCCCCGGCCGCGCGGCUGGCCGCCAUCGAGCGGUCCGUGCGCCCGCUCCCGCCGCACGCGCCCGUCCCGCCCUACUACGGCGGCGCGGCCGGCGACGACUUCUUCCUCCCCGCCUCGGCCUCCGCGGACCUGGACGGCUUCGCGGCGGCCCUCGGCGGCGCGCCGGCGGGCUUCCGGCCCGGGAUCCUCUCGCCCGCUUCUCUCCCUCCGGCGGCCUCGACGGGGCUCUUCUCGCCGAUGCCGCUCGACCCGAGCUGCCUGUCGUGGCUGAGCGAGCUGAGCCCGUUCCUCCCCUCCGCCGGCACCCGCGCGGAGCAGGCGCCGCCGUUCGCGCCCAGCCCGCGCAGCAGCCUGCUGCUGGCCACGCCCACCAUGCCGUCGCCGGCCACCUUCUCCGUGCUCGAGUUCUUCAGCAGCAACCUCCCGGACCUGUAAAUCCCCGUUCAUCAUUAACGACACACCCGUUCCUCCUGAUUUCAUUGAUUGUUUCUUCGCCGUCCGGUGCGGUGCAAUUGACACGCACGAGAAAUCAUCGAGCCAUCCUUUCCGUGCCCUGACAGCCGGGUGGGUUAAUCCAAUCACUUUUACCGUCUCGCUAAUUUGGGCGAUGAGCAACAAUCACGGAGUUGAUGAGAUAAAAGUGUGGUUACAUUUAUUUGUUCUUUUUUUUAUUUUUGUUAAAGUCUAUUGUUAGAUUUUCUUCCUUUUUUUUUGCCCUUGUGUUGGCCGGGUCAGUAGGUGAGAGAGAGAGAGAGAGAGAGAGAGAGAGCAAGUUGGGCUUGGACAGUAGUGGUAGCUACUGAUUCAUUAAUUAAUUAGCUGGAGUAGGAAUUUUUCCUUCUCAAGUUUUCUCCGUUUUCAA